GAGCUGGAGGUGAGCGUCAGCGAGCUGGGGCUGGGCUACGAAUCGGACGAGACGGUGCUUUUCCGCUACUGCAGCGGCACCUGCGAGGCGGCCGUGCGCAGCUACGACCUCUCGCUGAAGAGCAUGAGGAGCAAGAGGAGGAUCAAGAAGGAGAAGGUCCGGGCGCGACCCUGCUGCCGGCCGCUGGCUUACGAUGACGACGACAGCAGCUGA